AUGCUGCCAUCCAUUUCAAACUUGCUUAACGAUACUCGGCCUACACCACCGCCGGCAUUAAACUUCGUACCGCCAUCACCCACACCACCCACACCACCACUUGUCCAAAGUGCCUUUUCACCAUCUUCGUUUCCUUCGCCGAGUUUUAUGCCGUCCCCGAUAGAAUCAUGUGCUUCAAUGUCACCAAACCUUCCACCAGCCAUGUCCAUGGAUGAAUAUGAGCUACCACCCCUUCAAGGUCAUGAUCCACCUCUCAGUCCUUUACGUCGAGUUUCAUCUGCUGGUGAGCCUGAAGCUGCCCCUUGGAGCAUUAAGGAUACCCUUUCCACAAUGAAUUCGGCACCAUUGUCUCUUGAACAACCAAAACCACGACGUGGUAGACCACGAAGUAUUAGCAACACCUCAACGGAAAGUGCUAGUAGCACGACAAGAGGGUCAUCGUCUUACCCAAUGUUCAUGCAAGAAAACGACAACAGUAGCAGCUUAACGUUUUUGACACCCACAACAUGGAAUGUACCUGCCACUUCACUACAACGCAAGGCACCCUCCUCUUCUGGUAAGAGGAAUCAAAACGAAGUGCAAGCUCCUCGAAAAAAGAGAGGUAGAAAACCAAAGACAGUACUUGCAGGCCAUUCUUGCUUUGUCUUGCCUUCAGACCUUCAAAAGAAGCUCCAAAAGCCAUAA